ACGUUACGACAUCACGUCCCGUUUUUUGGCAGAUACGAAGUUCGCCUUCCAGAAUAUGACCAUGAGAGUCUGACAUUGAUGUGUGUGAAAAUACGUUAUUAAUAUUAUGCUCAGAGACGUGAGGACUAAAAGAGCAUUACUAGGGGAACAAUGGCCGGCACCAUGGUGGCCAUGGGCCUCACCCUCGCAGCAGCAGGAUUUGCAGGUCGAUAUGCCAUACAGGCCAUGAAACAGAUGGAACCCCAGGUGAAGCAGGCUAUCCAGUAUUUUCCCAAAUCUACGUUUGGAAGCGGUUACUACAGGGGAGGAUUCGAACCCAACAUGACAAAGAGAGAAGCAAGUCUCAUCCUAGGAGUCAGUCCUACAGCCAACAAAAUUAAGAUCAGAGAGUCACACAGGAAGCUAAUGAUCUUAAAUCACCCUGAUCGAGGUGGAUCACCGUACAUCGCAGCAAAAAUAAACGAAGCAAAAGAUUUACUGGAUAAACAAGCCAAGAAAUAGUUUUAUACACACUCAGUGAGUGACUCUGUUUCAUUAAACUGAUCGAUUGUA